AUGAUUCGAGGGGAGCACCGAGAAAUUGAAGAGGAGAUUGCGAAUCGAAUCCUUUCCGACAUCUCCGAGGAGGGUUCGAUCACCGGUAGUCUUGGAAGUGCUGAAGAUCUCGAGGCAAUGUUCAACACCAGAAAGGUACCGUUUAGAGUUCAAAUAACGAAACUGAAGCAGUAG